AUGGAGACACCGUUAGGGAGACACAGUUCUGAAGACAGCGUCAAGGAGACACCGUUAGGGAGACACAAUUAUGGAGACAUCGUUACUGAGACAUGGGAGACACCGUCAGGGAGACCGUUAUACCGUCAGGGAGACCGUUAUACCGUCAAGGAGACACCGUUAGGGAGACACCGUCAGGGAGACCGUUAUACCGUCAGGGAGACACCGUCAGGGAAACACCGUCAGGGAGACCGUUAUACCGUCAGGGAGACACCGUCAGGGAGACCGUUAUACCGUCAGCGAGACACCGUCAGGGAGACCGUUAUACCGUCAGGGAGACACCGUCAGGGAGACACCGUUAGGGAGACCGUUAUACCGUCAGGGAGACACCGUCAGGGAAACACCGGAGACACCGUUAGGGAGACACCGUCAGGGAGACCGUUAUACCGUCAGGGAGACACCGUCAGGGAGACCGUUAUACCGUCAGGGAGACCGUUAUACCGUCAGGGAGACACCGUUAGGGAGACACCGUUAGGGAGACAUCGUCAGGGAGACACCGUUAGGGAGACACCGUCAGGGAGACACCGUCAGGGAGACCGUUAUACCGUUAAGGAGACAGCGUUAGGGAAACCGUUAUACCGUCAGGGAGACACCGUUAGGGAGACACCGUUAGGGAGACAUUGUCUGGGAGACACCGUUAGGGAGACACCGUCAGGGGGACACCGUCAGGGUGACCGUUAUAUCGUUAAGGAGACAGUGUUAGGGAAACCGUUAUACUGUCAGGGAGACACCGUUAGGGAGACCGUUAUACCGUCAGGGAGACACCGUCAGGGAGACCGUUAUACCGUCAGGGAGACCGUUACACCGUCAGGGAGACACCGUUAG